UGUAGUAGUACAGGAGUCAUUAGUCUUCUUGUGUUGGUGUACAGGAGUACAGGAGUCAUUAGUCUUCUUGUGUUGGUGUACAGGAGUACAGGAGUCAUUAGUCUUCUUGUGUUGGUGUACAGGAGUCAUUAGUCUUCUUGUGUUGGUGUACAGGAGUCAUUAGUCUUCUUGUGUUGGUGUACAGGAGUCAUUAGUCUUCUUGUGUUGGUGUACAGGAGUCAUUAGUCUUCUUGUGUUGGUGUACAGGAGUCAUUAGUCUUCUUGUGUUGGUGUACAGGAGUACAGGAGUCAUUAGUCUUCUUGUGUUGGUGUACAGGAGUCAUUAGUCUUCUUGUGUUGGUGUACAGGAGUCAUUAGUCUUCUUGUGUUGGUGUACAGGAGUACAGGAGUCAUUAGUCUUCUUGUGUUGGUGUACAGGAGUCAUUAGUCUUCUUGUGUUGGUGUACAGGAGUCAUUAGUCUUCUUGUGUUGGUGUACAGGAGUACAGGAGUCAUUAGUCUUCUUGUGUUGGUGUACAGGAGUCAUUAGUCUUCUUGUGUUGGUGUACAGGAGUCAUUAGUCUUCUUGUGUUGGUGUACAGGAGUACAGGAGUCAUUAGUCUUCUUGUGUUGGUGUACAGGAGUACACUACAGGAGUCAUUAGUCUUCUUAGUUGGUGUACAGGAGUCAUUAGUCUUCUUGUGUUGGUGUGGAAUUUUGUGGAUGGUUUUCUGAAAAGGAAAACUGUUCUGUUUUCUAGUUGUUGGGAUGUCUACCGGUAUAUUGGUUUAGAAAUUGGUUCAGUCAUUUGCUUGAGACCAUGGACCUAGUUGGUCCAUGCUGAGACACAUAUAUCUGAACACAUUGUGAAAAGAUUUUCAAAUCUGGAUUGGAUGCUGAAGUCAAAUGAAGAUGGAAACUAUUGGCUUUCACUGGAUGGGUCACUUGUUAGUAGCUGUCCAAGUUCUACUUCUGUUACACAAGUCAAGGCUAGGUGAAGCACAGAGCAACCAAGACAACACCACCACCACCGCCACCAUCCCCACCACCUUCGAUACUGAACCAUUGGACAAAGAGACUACCGUUGGUGGGUUCAUCAUGCUGCAGUGUAAGGUCUCUCAAAUGAUAAAGGGGAAUAACUAUCUCGUUUGGACACACAACAACAAACCAAUCUUCGAAGACAACAUUCCCUUAAGUGAGGACGUGAAUUAUAAUUACCGAGGGGUGGGGAUGUACCCACGAGCUAACUUACUCAUCACUCCAGUACAGAAGAUAGACCAUGGUGCACUCUUCUCCUGCAGGCUGUACAACGGUUCUGUGCAAUCCGAUGGAGCUGAAUUGCUUAUGGAGUCCAGGAGUGCAGUUCUGACAGUGAAGUACACACCACCUCCUAAGUAUCCUCUAUGUAGCGCUGGUCCACAGGAGAAAAAUGGUAAGAUAACUGUUGUGCUGUCAUGUUGCACGGAGAUAUCGAGUGUGAGGAUGUCAUUGGCUUGGAUAGCACGGGGAGAGAACGCCAGCUGGAGAUUCACGCAGCAAGCUAAAACCGGCUAUGAAACCGGUCAGAACUGCCUCGAGCAUGACAUUCACACAGGGUUUAAUUUUAGCAUGUUUCAAUGCCAGAUGGAUGAAGCUUCUGGUGAAAGAACAGAUUUUGAAUCUAAAACAUGUUCCAUCUCAAAAUUGAGAUCUCUUCACAUUUAUCUGAAAACAUUGGACCACAAGAAUGCACAAUUCAACUGCAGUGUGAAUGUGCCAGGGAGAUAUCGCUAUUUAUGGCAUCUCCGCGAUGAGGCCAAGACAACGAUUCAAGAAGUGAGUGGCAUCAAUGACAUUUCAACUCUGGACCUUCGGUUGAGCAAAGUGAGCAAUGGCUCUUAUCUUACUUGCACAGUGUUUAAUAAGACUGACUUAGAUAGUUCAAAUCGGUACUUUAUGGGAACAACUGAAACACAGAUAGUCCAUCAGGCUCCCCCACCUGGCAGAGGAAACCCAACCAUGUUGAUCAUUGGCAUUGUCAUAGGAGCAGUAGUGGGAACCCUCAUUCUUGGUCUUACCCUGUAUUUCAUAAUGGUGAGAUGUUCAAGGCGCAACGACAGGAUGUACGCUUCCCUCGGGCGAUCUUCUGAAGCUGGCAUGCAGAUCGGCCCAGGAAACACCUACAUUUACCAUAAGAGCAACGAGAAUGGAAACUCAAAUGGCCGAGUGAUUGCAACUGCAGAGGGUGGUACCAUUUCUUCAGAGGCAGAUGAAAUCCCACCAAAGCCAGGUGGCCAUCGGACAAUCUCCUGGGAACCUGAAGACAUGGUUAUCCACUCUAAUGGUGGAGUCAUCAACCAUUCUGAAGACCCAAAGAGGCGCAAUGUAGAAGGUUUAGUUUAUGCUGAUCUUGCUUUCAAGGAAGGAGAGGAGGAACAGGAUGCAGAGGGUGAAGGGGGUGAAGAGGAAGAGGCACUGAAAGGAGCAGUCGGGGGUGAUACAAAUGGUGCCAAACCAGGGACAACAAGAGAAAGUAUAGAGUAUGCCAGUAUCGUGCCUCCCCUUAGAUCCUUAAGAUUCUAAUCCUGGUGGCCUUUCAAGGAGAACAAUGAACUUUAUCACCAGGAAGUCUCUCAAAAAAGGAUUUGUGCAUUACAGGGAUGUCAAGACAUUUUAUUUGUAUUUUUUAUCCUUAUUCAAUCGUAGAUCCAUAACAUGACAGUAUUUCUUCUUUAAUGCUGUCUAUAGAUGUACUAGAAUACGCAAUUAUUUUGAUACGCUCUGCACUAUAUUCAAGUACUUUUCUUAUAGCUUACAAGUACAGUACCAUACAUUGCCAGUUAUGUGUACAGGAUAGUUGUUUGUACCCCUGUGGUACAUGUAUUGACCUAUACUGGGGGUGGCGGAAGGUGAGGCCGCUGGGCACGCCCUUUAAAUUGUGCAAAGACCUUUUUUUAUUUUGUUUGUCAAAAUAUUCGGACAAAUUCCAACCCCAUUAAAAGUCCAUAUAGAUCUGCAUAUGCUAUGAUUGAUUCUAUCUAUAAAACUUGAGAUUGGUUUUAAAUACUCAACUCCACUUUUUAAGCUCCAUUUUGAGACAAAUUUUAAGAUGAAAUUCAUUUUCUUACCAGGUUUUUUUAUUGGGGACAAAGUGUAAAUAAUUCACCAUUUUCUCAUUAGGAAUUUACAUGUAUAUUUUCUUUGUAUUCAUUUAUAUCUUCAAUUGUCAUCUUCCUAAAAAUAUUCCUCAUUGUCAUCAUAUUCAUUGUUUUCAUCACCAUCACUUUCAUCAUCCUCAUCGUUGUCAUCAUCAUCAUCGUCAUCAUCAUUUCCAUAUCAUCAGAAUCACCAUCAUCAUGAUUUUAUAGUUCUGUCAUUAACAUUAUUCUUUUAGUGUUUCUAUUUUCUUUUCAUAAUUUCAUUUGUAUAACCUAUUAUUUCUAUGGGGUGAAGGGGGGGGGGGUGUCUGUUGAAUGUCAAAUAUAUGUAUGCUAUUCUUUGUUGCUGAGUGGUCAUAACAACAGUUAGUUGUUAGUGAUGACUACAUUGCUUUGUUUCAGCAUACGCUUCCCCAUAUUUCUAGUUCACAGCAUACCCAACCCAAGCUGUAUUCAAUUUAUUAAACAGAUUUCACUAUUUUAGUAAGGCUUCCAUUCUACAGGUAAGGUUUGCAUGGAUCUAUAGUUUUUAAUACAGAUUGCAGUAUGUUUUAAAUUACAUGUUGUGAUUGUGAUUUUGAGGAAACGUGGAAUAGAAAAAGAAAUUAAAAUACGGGCCAGACUCAGAUGGACAAGUUUAUGGAGGCAGGUCAAGGUACAUGUAAAUGCAAUAACAUACAUGCCCAUUUUGAAGACAGGAACCAAUUUAUUUGUAUUAUUUCUUUUUUUAAAAAGAGGGAGUUUCAAUCUGCCUUUAUUCUUUUUUAAACCUACAUGUACAUGUACAUAUGCAUAUUUCAAAGAAGAAAAUGCACUUUGUUACAGCAAUAAUGUAGUUCCCAUUACAUAUUCAAUGCGGAUUUUAAAAGCAAAGAUACAAUAAUGCAUAUAUGCACAAUGUAUUCAUUACUGCAUAUUUAGAUAAUGUUGUUGAGUCUUAUUUAUGACAAGAUGGACACUUAUUUUCAUGUAUGGUACUAAUAUGUAGCAGUUCUUAUAUCAGUAUUUUGCAAAACUUUGUUGUACUAUUUUGAAUAUACAUGUACUUAUUGUCACCUUGUGAACUUUCUUCUGUAUUCUUGUGUUAGAGCAGAAAUCUUUGAACUUUACUACUAGUAUUAUAAGGAUUUGCCAGAAUAAUGAUUCAAGCAAAAAAAUUGAGCAAAAAGUGCAAGUGCAAUGUACAGACAUGUAUUAGUACAUAAAUUGCACAUUGUAAAGUUUGCGGUACACUUUAUUCCUAUUGAGUAGCAUGUGAAUGCAUGCACACAAUUGUGUCCAUGGGAAACCAUUAGCUGUUUUCUAAUCAUCAUUGAACUUUAAAAAAAUAUGAUUUGUUUAUUAUUUAGUAUUUAUGAAGAGUGAUAUCUUCCUCUCUCCCUUGCCCAUGUAUAAAUACAUGACCUUUACUUGCCCUUAUUCGACAUUGAGAUUCACAAAAAAAUGUAUUCAUGAAUUUGUUUAUUGUAUACCUGAAUAGAGCUCUUUAAAAAGUUCUGACAAAUACUAAUUCAGGGAUCAGACCUUGUCACUUGGUUCAUAUUGUUAUCAAGAGAUAAAUAACACAUCACAAACUUUUAUUCAAUGAUUUAUUGACUUAAGAAUGAUUUUAUUUCUUUAUUUUAUUCAUUUUAUAUAUAUAUAUAUAUAUUUUUUUUUUUGGGGGGUGGGAAGAUUGACAAGUAUUAUCUACGAUUAUUUUAUUAUUAAAAAAAUAAAAACUUAAUGUGUAUUUUUAAGUUUUUUGUUUAAUGUACUGGAUUGAUAAAUUCAGGUGUACUACUCAGUACUAGUGGAGUGAGAAGUGCAACUUUGUACAACUGUCUCUGCAGCCCAUAUAAAACUCACAGCUGCGGAAGUUGAAAAGAAAACCCCAACAAGUAUGUAUUCACGUCUGGAGAGUAAGUAGUUCAAAAUUAUUUUCUUUCAUUUUCGAAAAGGAAGUUCAAAUAUACAUAAAUGAAUAUUGAACGAGUCAUUUGUUUGCAUUUCUCAUACACAAUUCAAGAUUGAACACAGCACAAUAAAUACCCAGACAAACACUCCAGUUUGAAUCAUUGUGAGUUAUUGGUCGUGGGCAAAGUACACCACUAUGUGUGCACCCAGUAAAACACGUGGGCAGAGAAUGUAAACUUUAUAUCAACCCUAAAUUGAACUUGCAUGCAUGAUUCAUCUCUCUUGAAAAGAACCAAAACAACAGAAAAACAAAAUGGGGAGCAAGUGACACUGAUGAAUAAUUCAUACUUGGAUGUUCUUUGUUCAAGUUUCUCAUCUCAUAUUGCUGGCUGUUUGCGGACUUGUACUGUAUGUCAAUUUAUAAGGGGGUUUACAUUUCAUUUAUGCUUUUCUCUGUUUAUAAAAAGUCGUUUGUGAGAUCAAAUUAAUUUCUAAAGAAAAGUAUUAUUUUUUGGCUUAAUUGUAAAUAUGUAAUUACAAGCAAGCAAUAUACAUGUACAUCACCAAUGUUUUGAUGAGAAGCACAUGUAGAAGUUUAUCAAAAAGCAAAUGAAUAUUUUACAUUUGGCCAAAUUGAAAAUUGUCUCCUUCAUCAUUCUUUUUACCUUGACUGUGAAGAAUACAAUGUUUGCUUGUAUUUACAAUGAACCAAUUCCCAUGGAAGUGGUAAUGCAGAUUAAUGUUUGUUAGCAGAGUGUACUAAUCAAUGGUAAAGCUAUUAUAAAGCAUGUACAACAAAUUGCAACCAGGUGUAUUAUAGAUUAUAUUUACGUUACAAGGACUAGUUCAUCCAGUUACAAAUCUACUGCUUCACUUUUAAGCUGCUACAUGUAUGUGAACAGAAAUGUAAUGAAUUCAUUUUUGAAGAUUCCAAAUCUCAAUUUCAUUUUUUACAGUUUUUUUUAAAUAAUAUGAAAUUCUUUAACAAAUGUGCUCUUACCCAAUCAAGUUGUGUAAUUAUAUUAGCCUAUCACAAUAUAUGUCAUAGGAUUUUUUUAUGUUUUUAAAACAGAAUUCAGAAUUAUGGUUUAACACUUCAAAAAAUAAUCUAAGAGUUAUCCAUGUACACUGACAAAUUGUUAAUGUGUGCACACAUUGCCAAAAUGAAAGUGAAUGCAAGAAAUAAGCAUUACUAUAUAGAGUAGUAGUAUCUUUUACAGAUUAAAUUUGAUAAGGUACAGUGUAUACCAAAAUACGGAAGCGAAUAUUAGCUUCAAGAGAGCAAGUCCUAAUUGAAUUGAACCAACAAAAUUGCUCUGCCACAAAUUUGAGAGUAUGCAUAAUUGAUUGUAAUGAAAGCCAUCUCCAUAUCAAUAGAUAGAAUAAAUACAUCCUAGUCAUUAAAUGCUAAUUGAAAAUGCCUGUGGAUGAAAAUAUGAUUAAUAUACAUGAAACCUGGCAUUUUACUGCCAGGGUACUUUCGAUAUAUUAUACCCACUAAUCAGCGAUGCGCGAGUUGCAGAGAACCUUUAUCGGUACAAAAUGAAACUGAUGUGAAGGGGAACGCACAAGAUGCCUCAAUCAUCUACCCUCAAUCUUGGAGAUCAUAAUGUGGUUAAGUUUAAUAGAAAUCAUGCAUCAACUACAUGAGUGUAAUGGAUAAGACUUACUACACAUCAGCUUUACAAAAUCAGUGAAUGAAUGAAUGGAACUUUGCAUUAUCUCUAUGAAUGGCAACAUUGUAAAGCAUUAUUUGACCUUUCAAAUAAAAAAAAUAUGCUUGCCCAGUUUAUGUAAAGUUAUUUUGAUAAUGUCAGAAAGAGUUUGAGGUUUUUAUGCUUUGACUUCUCUUUACCUAAUAAAUCUAGUUAAAAGAUUGAAGUCAUGAUAACCAACAGUACGUGUCCAGUUAAGAUGGCUACAGUCUUAUCUCUGCACACAAUGUUUUGGUAUCAGUUUAUUAAGUGAAUAUUGAAAAAUCUCUCAUUCACUAAUAAGAUGUUUUCUUACUUCUGGUGAAAAAGAGGCAUUUAUAUAUGAUGUCUAACCAAUAAAAUUAGUAUGAUCUGAAUUUGUUUAAAAAAGGUUGCUUGAAUGUGGGUGAAAAAACACUUCAUUUAUAUUUAUAUUAAUAUCACCAAGAGAUAACAAAAACAAAUGCAUUCCCACCAGAUUUAUUAUUAGACACACACAGGUCAAAUUAUUUUAGUUACAUUAUGAAAUGGACAUGACAAAAAGAAUGCUUGAACUAUUAAAGAAUGAACUAUGUUUUGUUGUGUAGAUUUUGUUUAAUAUGACUCUGUUGUUUGCAGGAUUGUUUUGUAACAUUCAAUCAAAUAUCAAAACUAUAAUUUCAAAAUGGAACCAGCCCUGGGCAUUUUAGUUAUAGAAUUCAUAUCUAAGGGUAUUGAAUUAUUUGAUGUUCUACUUAACCUUGCUAUAUAUACUUUUAAUGGUACUGGAAAUUCUUUGAUGGUAGUACUACAUUUGUACCAUGUUCAGUUCCUUUAAAUGCUCAAAUGAAAAUAACAGAAUUUCUCCAUUCAAAUUUAGUACUAUAGUACAUCACAUGUAUGGAGUUGGGUUUAUUGCUACAUAUCUUCUUUGACAAAAACUUGUAUAAAAUGUCCUGUUCCCUUUUAUUUCCUCGGAAAUAAGUUUUUUUUACUUAAUUUAUUUCAUGUGAAAAUGUAGACAUAGUGAUGUGUUUGUGAAGACAAAAUACACACUGCCAUUUUUCUAUAUUUUUGUCAUUGUAUCAAGAGAUUUUGAAAUGAGAGCAAUGAAAGCAUAUACUGUACUCACAAGAAAUAUACAUCUUGUAAAUUAUGGUGUCACUCAAUUAAAGUAGCAUUGAGUAGCUCUA